AUGAUCCUAUACGACGUCUCAUCUACGCUCAAAAUGAUAGUAGACUCUUCAGACGAUGGCCACUCCAUCCCGCCGUCGGACUCGCAUACUGAAGAUACAUGUGAUAUGCUGAACUCUGCAUACGCUCACACACGCGAAUUUCUGGAUUUAAUCAAUCGUCUUCACAACACUGGUGUGCAAGGGGACAUCGACCUUCCGGUUAUCGCUGUUGUAGGCUCGCAAAGUGCGGGGAAGUCAUCCCUAAUCGAAGCCAUCUCAGGCAUCAGCCUGCCCCGAGCGAGCGGGACAUGCACUCGGUGUCCUACCGAAUGUCGUUUGGCAGGUUCAAAGGGGCCUUGGAAAUGUGUCGUCACCAUCCGCUUCAAUACGGAUGAGCGCGGCAUCCCCUUGGGUCAGCCGCGAAUCAUCCCGUUCGGAUCCACCAUUGUCGAAAAAACUGCCCUCGUUGAUCGUAUUUCUCGUGCUCAACAAGCCAUCUUAAAUCCUAAUCGAGAUUACAAUGAAUUUCUCGAGGGCAGACUCCAGGAUCUCGAGCGCAGUCGCCAAAUGUCGUUUUCACCCAACCUGGUCUGCCUCGAGAUUAGUGGGGAAGGCCUGCCUGAUCUUUCGUUCAUCGACUUGCCUGGCCUUAUUGCGAACGUCGGAACGAGUGGGAAUCAAACAGAUAUUUGUUUGGUUCAGGAGCUUGUCGAGUCGUAUAUCAGCAAACCUAGCUGCAUCAUUCUGCUAACCGUGACAAUGGAGACCGAGUUUGAGAAUCAGGCUGCACCAGGAUUAGCUCGUAGGCACGACCCCGCCGGAGAAAGGACGAUCGGUGUGUUGACAAAGCCGGAUCGUAUUCCUCAGACUGAGGAGAUGGGCUGGCUUCGUUAUCUUCGCGACGAGGUAGAGCCUCUUGAAAAUCAUUGGUAUUGCGUCAAGCAACCCGACUCUCAAUCUUUGAAUGCGGGGAUCACUCGGGAGAAAGCACGCAUAGAAGAACACACUUUCUUCAAAAAGACAUCUCCGUGGUCGUCCCUGGAGUGGCCUUUUUCUGGCCGUCUCCAGACUCGAAAUCUUGUCAGGAAUCUAGGCUCCAUCUUGUCGCAAUUGAUCUCCAAGAGGCUGCCAGAGCUCGACGAAGAACUUGGCGAUCUCAUAGAGGUGACGAAAGAAAGUCUCGAAGAGCUGCCCAAGCCGAUGUCUGAGGAUGCAGUCGGUGAUCUGCUCGACCUCCUGCAUCAAUUUGCGCGCGACAUAUCUGCGCAUGUUUCGGGCACGCCGGGUGAGGAUGGCUUGCUGCAGAGGUACCGCCCUGAGGUCACAAACUUCCGGCGAGAGAUUUUUGGCACUAUACCCGAUUUCCGCCCAUGGGUGAAGUCGCCCUUGUACGAGAACCAGAAAUCUUCUCUGCCUGACUUUCUCCUGGUUGAAGAACAAUCAUUCGACAUGGCUUCUGCAGCAAACCUUACUGCCAAAACUUCGAACGGAAAGAAGCUUGUGACCUCGAAGCACGAGGGUAUAUUUUUGGACGAAGUCAUGCGAAGGGCGCAGAAAUCUAUCACCCGCGAGCUGCCCGACAACUAUCCCUUUGUCACCACGCAACACUUUAUCGACGUGUUUGUUGCACAGUGGGCCAAGCCUACCAAACGAUUGGUCAAUGGUGUCAGCAAAACUAUCACAGGAUACAUCAUGGAGAUUAUCGAGGAGCACUUCGGUCAGUUCAAGCAUGGUGGAUUACAUCGGAAGAUCACUGGAAUCAUCACCAAACACAUCAAGUCAUGCACACUGAUGACCCUCGAGCGUACAGAUUGGUUGCUCGAGCUCGAGCGCGCUGCGCAGACUAGCAAUACGCGUCAUUACAGUGAAUACAAGGACAAAUUCCUCACUUACUAUAGAGCUCGACGCCAGGAAGCCAUGGGCAACAACAUCCUUGGUGAUCUCAGGAACAGGCCGUACAACCCGAACGCUGUGUAUGCGGCGUCGAUGGAAUUCCAAAGUGGGAUGUCCUUGGUCCUGUCCAACCUGAACAAGGUAGGGUUACCUGGCAUUCAGCCGACAGAUCUGGCGAGGCUGUUGCCUCCAGACCAGAAUGAGCCCGCGCUGCACAUCAUGGCCAGCGUUAGUGCUUAUUUCCAAGUCGCGUUCCAAAGAUUCGGCGACAAUAUCCCUCUUGCCAUUGACCAAGAGCUGGUCCGAGGUCUUGAAAACGGACUCGAGAAAGCACUUAGAGACGGUAUUGAUUUUGGAAGCCCCGAUGUGGUGGCCCGGUGCCAGAGCCUCCUUGAGGAACCUCCGGACGUGAUAUCCCGUCGUAAUGAGCUGAAGAAGAAGGUGGAGCGACUGGUGUCUGCUCGACAAGAGUUGUUCAAUGCGUGGAAUUUUGAGUAGGGAUGCGACCGAUCGUGAAGAUGUAUCGAUCAAUGCGAAGUGAUGGCGGGGAAACAUAUGCGGCCAUAACAAUAUCUAAAGUGAUGAUUGUGAUCGUCGAUGGUUGUCCACUCGAAGUCUCAAUAUGCCUAUGUUCUCCUUGACAGAAAGGUU